CUCCCACCAUCUACGAUUGGAGACGUUUCCAAAGCCUUUUAUUCCUCUCCAUCUCGCCAUCUCGCCAUCUCUCUCUCCAGUCUGUCACACCAUCCUGCAGUCCCUCCCAUUGCCCCUUUAAUCGUGUGUUUUACAACCAGGCCUUCAGUGCGUCCAACUCGGUGCGUAAAAUGAGUUUCCACUGAGAAAUAGUUCUCACAAGUCGCACCUCAGCUGGAGAAAGAAGCCUGACGCGACACGCAGCUGAGAGUUUUAUGCGAGAUGGGCGUGUGUAUGUGAUGUGUGUUGAGUUGUGAGUACCAGCCCUCUCAGUGAGUCCUGGAGCAACAGCUGGAUCAGUGAAUCCUACAGCAACAGCUGGAGCAACAUCUGGAUGAUCAGCAGUCCGACCAGCAGGAUGUUGCGAGAGGAGUCGUCACAUUAAGUCAGCGUAGUAGUGAAAUAUUCAUGAUGCCUUCACUGUCGAGGAUUGGAUGGACUGAUUUCUGUCUCCUUCUGCUCUGGAAGACAACAGCAGCUCAGAGUGUGGAGGUGCGGUGCUCUGUGGGACCGGUGGGGGCGCUGCACCCGGUCCAGGGUCUGCUGGAGAGGUUUGAGGCUGGUCCGGGCUGUGAAGCUAGAGAACGCGGGGACAAGGAAACUCAUGUGGUUGCAGUGGGGAGAGUGACACACAGCCCCGAAAACAAGGUGACGGUGUUGCUGAAGCCUUUGUCUCUGUCCCCCUCACCUCUCAGAGCUCUCCACCUGCUGCUCAGCUCCAGGCUCCCCGUCACCUGGUGGCUGGAGGCUGAGAGGCUGCCUCCCAACCUCCCAGUGCUGGUGCAGAUAUCCUCAAACUCCAGCGUGCAGUCCCACACCCUGUUUUUGAAUGUCCAAAUGGUGCAUUCGCUGCCUUUUCAUCCACGUGCGCUGCACCGCUGGGCUCUGAAACACCAUGGCAACAUGUCCUCUUUGACACACACAGCACACGGCAAUCGAGUCUACGUCCCACUGGGAGAGGAUCUUACCCUGCCAGCUGUGUGCCAGUUGCAGUCCAUGUUCCUCUCUCACAACUACAUGACCUCUGAGCUGCAGCCACAGGAUGUGCAGGGCUGCGUUGACUCGCCAGCAGGUGGGAUCAGCCCCGAAGUCCAUGUGAUCAAGCUCCAUUCAGUGGGCUCAGGACUCUGUGGCUCUCUCCAGGUGGAGGUGAUCGUCUCUCUUGUGCCCCUGGUGGCCAACUCAAAGACCCAGGCGGUUGUGCUGAUUCUCAGCAGCUCUGUGCCAGUCAACUGGGCCAUUGUUGCUCAUGGUGUCCGGGGUCAUAUAUCUGUUCAUUCGUCUAACAGUGUGUCCCCACCUUACCCACCUGAACCUGACCUGACCCUGUCCAGUUCACUUAACUCUGACCUGUCCACCAUACCCGACCUUCUUGUGUGGGCCCGUGAGAGCGGCUACAGCAAGCUGACCUCAUACACUGAGGCUGACCUGGCCAAUCGCUUUGUGAUCCAGCUGGCUGGGGGCGGCACAGACGUGGCUCCGGUGAUGAAUCCUCUGGUUGUGAGGCCUCCCUGGGCCGAGGAGCGCAGACUGAGGCAGUGGCUGAACGGUGGAGGCAGAGCGGGAAUAGGCCGCGAGAGUUUCACGGUGCAGUGUGAGGACGGACGCCUCAGCGUGACCGUCGACCAACACAUCCUGCAGAGCUUAUCUGUCCCAGUGGCUGCCGUGACCCUACGAGACUCGACGUGCCAGGCUCAGUCCAAUGGGAGUCAUUUCCUGUUGGUGUUCCCUGUCAUUUCCUGUGGGACUGAGGUUCUGCUCCUGGGACAGCCUAGAAGAGUGCAGUACAAAAACAUGGUGUUACUAUGGAAAGACGAUCCUCAGACCAUUCUGGCACUCAAUGAGACAGAAAUGAAGUCCAAAAGUCCACUCGGCAUACAUUUCAGCUGUUUGGCUGCAGUCCCCACUCUCCCCGGAUCUGACGAUGGUGAUGAUGUUGAUGUAAACACUCCUCCGGCAGGCCUGGUCCCCUGGGCCCCCGAGGGUCCGGGACCUGAUCCAGGACUGAGCCACCUACCGACACCCAGACGCAGAUCUGGGCCUGUGCUUAUCUUGAAGCUCUUUGUCACUGAGAGCUACGAGCAGAGACGGAUUGGCCCCUGCGUCAUCACUGCAGACCACCGUGUCUAUGUUGAGAUUUCAGCCAAAGGGCCCUUCAUAGAUGUCGUGGAGGUGAAGUCAUGUGUGAUCUCUCCUCUGUCGGACCCCAAAAAGUCUCGUUUCUGGACUGUCAUAAGCGACGGCUGUUCCUCGGACCCCUCGCUGACCCUCGGUGCAAAGACACAAGAUGAAGAGGAAGAAGAGGACGAAGGUGAUGACGACGAACUGGAAGAGGAAAAGGAAGAGAUAGACGGACCGGAAAAAGACAGAGAUGGAGAUGUCCCACUCCGACACAAAGUCGAGAGAAGAGGGAGUUUGAGAGCACCAGAAAUUAUGGAAAAGAAUACCACAGAUGUGGGAGCAGAGGUGGAGAUACAGCCUUUGAGGUUUAGUUUCAUCCUGCGACCAGUUUAUAAUGACUCUAUGCAGUUCCUCCACUGCAGCCUUCGCCUGUGUAUCUCUGACUUGAAAAGAGGGGAACCCAAGAAGGAAACAGUAAAGAAUGACUGUCAGGGUGGGCUACGUAUCCCUCCACUUGUAUCUAGAUCAACCAGACAUCAGUGUGAGAUCAGAAACCUCUCCAGGCCCAUGGUGGUCACCCAGCCUAUUAGUUCACUGGCACCCAAACUGCCGAGGCCUCCUGCUGGCCAAAGAACCAAGAGACUGAGUGUCUCCCCGCUGGCCAGUCCAGACCCAGAGCACAGCAACUCUGUGGUGCAGACAGGACCAGUGAUGGGAAUCGUUUUCGCUGCCUUUGUGAUGGGUGUCGGUCUGAUGGGGGGACUGUGGUGCAUUUAUUAUUACACAGGUAAUGAGAUCAGCUUCCCUCUGUCACCUAUAGGUCACACAAUCAGAGGCUUUACCCACACAUGCUUUUUUGAUCAGAAAUGUGUCACGAUGAGUCCACGAGAGCUGUUUUUACGCCUUUUGUUCGCACUCAGCGUCUUGUGGGCCCUCUCCCCCUAAACGGUGCCGGCAAGCCCGUACGUAAUGCAGCCUGCGGAGGCUUCCUCGGGGCCCGAGCCUCACAUGGGUUCCGCUCCGACAUGAGCAACGGCGACGAGGGCUCUUAGCUUGUCUCCAUGACUCGGGAAGGACUCAGCCAGACAUUUCUCGUUUGUCGGCUGAGAUGGACAACAUAGCGCUGCAACACAUGUCUUUCGGUUUAAUCAAAGGCUUUCAUUUUUAAGGAUUCUGUUAUUCUACAGUAUUGUUAUUUGUUAUUGAAAAAAACAAGCAUUUUCCAAAAGGUUUGGUGUGUUUUAUGCAUGUUUGUAAUCCUAAGGGAUUAAAAAAACAAAUAACCAAAUACCAAAAUUGAAAAUUGAUUACCUACCCAAUGAACGAAUCACAGAAUAGUGAGUAUUCGGGCUGUCAAUCGAUUAGAAUAUUUAAUCGUGAUUAAUCGCAUGAUUGUCCAUAGUUAAUCUCAAUUAAUCGCGUAAUCGUACAUAUUUAUCUGUUCAAAAUGUACCUCGAAGGGAGAUUUGUCAAGUAUUUGACACUCUUAUCACAUGAGAAUGGGCAAAUAAGCCUGUUUCAUGCAAAUGUAUGUAUAUAUUUAUUAUUGGAAAUUAAUUAACAGCACAAAAUGACAAAUAUUGUCCAGAAACCCUCACAGGUACUACAUUUAGCAUAA